AUGUUUGGAACAUCAACAUUCGGUGCAAAUAAGACAAAUUUGUUUGGAUCGACUUCAAACAAUUCGUCAACAAAUAACUCGAAUAAUUCAACUGCCGAUGACUUUUUUGUGAGUUCACAUUUUAAACAAAACAAUAAAGUUGUUCUAUAAUACAAAUUGUUUCAGAUCGAAGGAGCUCCAGAUGACACAAUUCAAGUUAUCAAAUUCAGUCCUCAACCACAAGAUAAACCAAUGAUUGCAUGUGGAAGUUGGGAUGGUGUAAGUUACUAAAAAAUUUGGCGAGCUUGCUAAAAAUGGUCGCAAGCUGGCUAAAAGUCGAUUUUUGUAGCAAAACUUGCUGCUUUUUUCCCGAGUUAUUCAGUUUAUAUAUAAAUAUCAUCAAAAAAAUUAUUUAAAUGAAGAAAAUCAGGGUUUUUAGACUAUCCGAGUUUGGAUGUACAACGAUGCUGGAAAUUUCGAAGGAAAAGCUCAGCAAAAUGUGAAUGCACCAGUACUUGACAUUUCCUGGACUGAUGUAAGAUUUUUAUUUAAUUUAUCAUCCCGGUUUUCCUCAAAUAUUGCAUUUUUCAGGAUGGUUCGAAGAUUUUCAUUGCUGCCGCAGACAAAGAUGUCAGACUUUGGGAUUUGGCAUCAAAUCAAGUAAUACUUGAAUCUCUGUUCAUUUUUAAUAAUCCUAUUUUUUUUAGAUUGCUGUUGUUGGAACACAUGAUGGACCAGUAAAAACAUGUCAUUGGAUAAAUGGAAACAAUUAUCAAUGUCUUAUGACUGGAUCUUAUGAUAAAACUUUGAGAUUUUGGGAUAUGAGAAAUUUGCCACAACAAAACUCAUUGGCUAAUAUUCAGGUAUGUGGAAAAUCUUUUAAGUUUGCUGCUUUCUUUCUGAACCAUGGGACGGCUAGGGAAAAUAGGUUCAGAACUUCUGAAAAAUUUCAAAAAUCCAGGAGAAUAGAUCGCGUUUCAAAUAAUCAGAUCCAAAUCGAAAAUCGGGAAAAACACUUCUUUGGAUAUUUUAUUUCAAAUCACGAAAUGCAUUUCUAAAUUUUGACGGCCUGAAAAUUCACGUUUCAUAUUUUUAAAACAACGUUUUCCCUGAAAAUGUUUUAAAAAUAAGGUUAUUUUUUUAAUUCACAAUCAGGAUGGUUUCGCGGUAAAAUACUUUGAAUGAAAUUUAUCAGUUUUUGUCUAUACGCUGAAGCUCUUGCCUAUUCUCUGAAAAUCAUAAAUAAAAAUUCGUCGUAAUUUCAGUUACCUGAACGUGUUUAUGCAGCUGAUGUUGUUUAUCCGAUGGCUGUUGUUGCGUUGGCAAAUAAAAGGAUCAAAGUGAGAAUAAAUUUUUCAAUUUUUCAUUUCAUUUCCCAAUUUUUUUUCAAUAGGUUUACAAUUUGGAAAAUGGUCCAACUGAAGUGAAAGAUAUCGAAAGUCAACUGAAGUUCCAAAUUAGAUGCAUUUCAAUUUUCAAAGAUAAAAAUAAUCAAAAUCCAUGUGGAUUUGCACUUGGAUCGAUUGAAGGAAGAGUUGCUGUGCAAUAUGUUGAAACUGCGAAUCCAAAAGACAAUUUCACAUUCAAAUGUCAUCGAUCGGCUGAGUUGAUUCACAACUUCCAAGAGAUUUACGGUGUAUGUUUCAAGUUGUAUUUGUUUCCGCUGAUUUUGAAAAAAAAUCGAAUUAUUUUCAGGUCAAUGACAUUUCAUUCCAUCCUCAACACGGUACUCUUGUAACUCUUGGAUCUGAUGGCCGAUAUUCAAUGUGGGACAAAGAUGCGAGAACAAAACUAAGAACAUCUGAACCGCAUCCGAUGCCUUUAACUGCUUGUGAUAUUCAUAGUAGCGGACAAUUUUUGGUUUAUGCUCUAGGAUAUGAUUGGAGCAGAGUUAGUUAUUUUUGGAAAAAAUGGUUUGGGAUUGAAUUCAGUCAGCUGAAUGCGAAAUCUUUUCAUUGUGAUCAGAAGAGCAAAAACUACUUAUGAGAAUGAACUUAUAUCGCAUCAAAAAUCUGAAGUGAAAGCUCAAAAAGUUCUCUUGCUAAUUGAAGUUGAAAGGAUGUAUUUUUAGAACCCCUCUAUGAACAUUUCUGAUCGAGAUUUCCAAUGAUCGUAUUAUAUUUUUAGGGUCAUGAAAAUAAUACACAACCUGGAUCGAAAAUUGUUAUGCACAAAUGUAUCGAGGACAUGAAACCACGUUCGUCGAAAAAAUAA